ACCAAACAUUUACUCCUCUUUCUUUCUUCAUCCAUACACAUAUACCUUCUCCUCUUUGAGCCUCAAUCCCCCUCGCUCAUCUGUUUCCUUUCACUUAUCUUCACUUGAACAUUGAUCCCUUUACUUGUCUAUUGCCCCUCACCCAAACCAGAUGAUACCCCUUCAUAAUGUUAAUCAAGAACGCCAGAAACAACAAGAACCUCAAGAUCAUGGAUCCCGAUUGCGCCAUAUGUUCUCAGCCAGCUAUCGCAAAAUGCGAGUGCGAAGCCAAUGGCCUUACCGUCGCUGUGAGGCAGGCUGAACAGAGAAUGAUGACUAGUGUUUAUAACGAUAUAAGAACAUGGGUCCGUGGCCACGCACAAGAUUACAUCCUCUCCUACUUCAGUGUUCUCACCACUCGCCGUAAAGACGAACAUGCCGCCCAAAUCCACCGCAUAACUGAACGAGCAGCUUACUACUACAACGCACGUCCACACCCAUCUGAAAUCGCAGCAGCCGAUUCAGAGCUCAAACGCGGCAUUGAUGAAGAUUGGCGCGCAAGCGUACAACGCUACCCGGAAGUCCUCGAGUAUUUCUUCAGUUUAGUUGAAUUAACUUUACCCAGCGAUGAAGAACCUGGUGUUCGUGACCCACCUUUAUCAGCAUUGGGUGGUGGCGGCGGAAGGAAAGUCAGAUUAAGUGAACCUGGUCCACCAAGAGGAUCAACACCUGCUGUAUCAGAUGGAGGAGAAGAAAGGGAAAGAGAUAGGAGGAGAGAACAGAGGAGGAUUGGCACGCCAGCUAAUGACAGAGAAAGACAUGUCGAGAGACAGAGAAGAGAUAGUAUGAGGGCUGAAGGAAGAAAUAGACCGAUGACUGCACCGCCGCCACCAGGAGGUCCACACAUGGCGCCUGCACAUAAUCCACAUAGAAACUCGAGGGCAGCUCCUGCAUAUGCUCCUACGCCAGGAUAUGCAUAUGUUAAUCCUUAUUGAGAUUGAUGAUGAUUAGCUUUCAAAAGGAGGAGAGAAAACAAGAUUGAAGAAAGAACAGAUGACUUCGGCUGUGCGUGUAUGACUACCACAAUUCCAUGGGUAGGGAUUAAUGAUGCCAGGCACAGCUGAAGUUAUCGAGGCCAAAAGUCAGGCCUAGCUAGCAUAGCCACUCUGGCAUCAUCUCCUGGUUUCAAGCGGAUGAUCAUCAUGGAUUCCUGAAUUUUAGUCGAAAGUUUAUCUCAACGUCUUAUUAUCCUCAGGUUAUCAAGUCUGUUUAUCUCAUUUGUACAUACCAUCUCACCAAUUCGGAAUACACUCUGUUGGAUAUUACAUUACACCUCAAUACAAUUAUAUCAUUUUAUCUCAUCACCCAUCAGAUUAUACAACUCAUCUCAACUCAUCUCAAC